AUUUCAGAUCUCCUCCUCCUACAGAUCCUCUUUCUCUCUAUUUACAGAAAAAGUAGUCAUCUUCUUUUUUUUUAUAGAGAGAAAAAGAGGAAUCAAGAAUCCAGAAAAUGGCUUUAUCAAAUACCUUAUCAUUGUCAUCAUCAAAAUCCCUUGUUCAAUCUCACCUUCUCCACAACCCCUCAUUACCCCAACCCCGUAUUCCUCUUUUUCACAACCCCCAACAUGGGCGGCGCCACCCCAUCUCCGCCGUACAUGCGGCGGAGCCCGCCAAAACAGCAACUGCUUCACAGCCGUUGAAAAAAACCCAAUGGAGUCUUGAUUCUUGGAAAAGUAAAAAGGCUUUGCAAUUACCUGAAUACCCAGAUGAAAAAGAACUUGAAUCAGUGCUUAAAACUCUUGAAUCUAACCCUCCACUUGUGUUUGCUGGUGAAGCUAGGAAUUUAGAAGAGAAACUUGGUGAAGCUGCUUUAGGAAAAGCUUUUUUAUUACAAGGUGGUGAUUGUGCUGAGAGUUUUAAGGAAUUUAAUGCUAAUAAUAUUCGUGAUACUUUUAGGAUUCUUCUUCAGAUGAGUGUUGUUCUUAUGUUUGGUGGUCAAGUUCCUGUUAUUAAGGUUGGAAGAAUGGCGGGUCAGUUUGCAAAACCAAGAUCAGAUCCAUUUGAGGAGAUUGAUGGAGUGAAGCUGCCAAGUUACAAGGGUGAUAAUAUUAAUGGUGAUACAUUUGAUGAGAAGUCAAGAAUUCCAGACCCUCAUAGGCUUAUUAGGGCUUACAUGCAAUCUGCUGCGACUCUUAACCUUCUUAGGGCUUUUGCUACUGGAGGUUAUGCUGCAAUGCAGAGGGUCACCGAAUGGAAUCUUGAUUUUGUGGAGAACAGUGAGCAAGGAGAUAGGUAUCAAGAACUAGCUCACAGGGUUGAUGAAGCCUUGGGAUUCAUGGCUGCUGCUGGACUCACAGUUGACCACCCUAUCAUGGCGACAACUGAUUUCUGGACAUCCCAUGAGUGCUUGCUUCUUCCUUAUGAACAAGCACUUACAAGGGAGGAUUCAACUUCUGGUCUUUUCUAUGAUUGUUCCGCUCACAUGAUUUGGGUUGGUGAACGAACCAGGCAACUUGACGGUGCUCAUGUUGAGUUCUUGAGAGGAGUAGCAAACCCACUUGGCAUCAAGGUGAGCCAAAAGAUGGAUCCAAAUGAGCUAGUUAAACUCAUUGACAUCCUGAACCCAACCAAUAAGCCCGGAAGAAUUACUGUAAUUGUGAGAAUGGGUGCUGAGAAUAUGAGAGUGAAGCUUUGCCACUUGAUCAGGGCUGUUCGAGGAGCUGGACAGAUUGUUACCUGGGUUUGUGACCCAAUGCACGGAAACACUAUAAAGGCACCAUGCGGACUCAAAACCCGUGCUUUCGAUUCAAUCCUGGCUGAGGUUCGAGCUUUCUUCGAUGUGCAUGAGCAAGAAGGGAGCCACCCUGGUGGUAUCCAUCUAGAAAUGACAGGGCAAAAUGUGACUGAAUGCAUUGGCGGAUCACGAACAGUAACCUACGACGAUUUGGGCUCUCGCUACCACACACAUUGUGACCCAAGAUUGAACGCUUCUCAAUCUCUAGAACUUUCCUUCAUCGUAGCUGAACGACUAAGAAAACGAAGAAUGGCCUCUCAACGUCUGUAGGCUUUCUCUAAUUUACCCGUAUUUUAGUCUGCAUUCUUGUUCUGUUGGUAUCCAAUAAACUCAGUUACCAGCCAUCCACUCAAAACUUAUAUGUGGUCUCGGGGCGUCUGUGCUUCUGUUUGGAACCAAAGUUUCUAAGUUAAAACAUGGGCAGAGCAACUUGCCAAAUGAGGUAAAUAGGUUUCCUACAGAGAUCAAUGUGGAAGUGAACAGCAUGUAAAAUUAGUCCGAGUUGUCCGGUAGCCAUUCUGUUUAUUAAAAUUAGUUUGGACUGUAAGUUUAGGGUAUAAGUGGGUUCAGUAUUUCUCCUUUUCUUGAUGUAUGGAUUUUAUUUUGAUAUGUUUUGCAGUAGAGUCUAAAGUGUUUGCCUA